CUGUCAACUCACAGACUAUCCCUUGAAGUAAAGAACAUAUAAAAGGAUCACUGGAUGGUUGCCAUAUUAAGAAACAAGAUUACUGAAGUCAACAUGAAACUGCUUCUGCUGUGUUUGGUUGUUGUGAUCGUCGCAAUGGCCGAUGCUGCUUCGAUUGAGAAGCGUAUCACCUGCGAUCUGCUGUCCUUCACCAUCAUGGGCAACUCCAUUGGUGAUUCUGCCUGUGCUGCUAAAUGCCUUAUCACUAAACACUCGGGCGGACACUGUAGCGGUGGCGUCUGUGUCUGUCGAUAAACAUCAGUAAAUUGACACGGCAGUUCUGCACCUCUACCAAUGUGACCUGAAUAAAUAUAUUUUACAAUUUU